GAGUUGACACCAACGCCACCUAGGAGGACGCGGUAGUAAUAUGCGGCCCUCGCGCCGGCGCCGUUGGCUUCCCCCACAAAAGGUUGAGGUUUUUACACUGAGUGUAGCGUUAUAGAGCUCUGGUCGACCAGAUACAGGACGCGCCUGGCUGCCAAGGUUUUUAGUCUUAAAGAGUAAAGGAAUCCAACUGUUUGAUUAAAUAUGGCUGAUGCUGCAUCACCCAAGAAACGUGGACGUCCUGCAAAGAAAGCUGCCGAUGGCGAGCACAAAGAAAAAGAUGAGCCCAAGAAGGCUGAAAAGAGGGCAGCUGCCCCGGCACCAGCAGCCGCCGCGGCCGAAAGCGGUGAAUCUCAGGUGAAGAGAGGACGCGGUCGCCCUAAAGGAUCAGGCAAGAAGGCCAGUGGAGCCGCCGGAGCCUCCGCUGCCAAGUCUAAGCCCCCUGCCGGUGGUCGUGGUCGUGGCCGCCCAAAGAAGGCGGAAGCCAGCAAAAAGGAAGAGUCAGCUGAAGAAGAGUCUGCCGGAGAUGAUGAUGGCGAGUCAUCAUAA